AUGUCAGAUGGUUGUGGACGAGAAACGAUGGAUAUGUUGGAUGGUUUUGGACGAUGGAUAUUAUUAGGUGGUUGUAAAUGGUGGAUAUUUCGGAUGAUGAACAAUAGGGUUGUAAACGAGAGACGACGGGUAUGCUGGAUGGUUAUAGAUGAUAGACGAAGGAUAUGUUGGAUGGUUGUGGAUGAUAAACGAUGGAUAUGUUGGGCGAUGGACGAUAGAUAUGUUGGAUGGUUGUAG